AUGGCUUCCCACGUCAAACCCGACAUCAUUUUGUAUGACUUGGCCUGCACCAAGAACGUCAGCUUCUCUCCCGUUGUCUGGCGCAUUCGCCUCAUGCUCAACUAUAAGAAUAUUCCUUACAAGAGCAUCUUCCUCGAGUUUCCGGACAUUGAGCCCACGCUAAAAGAACAUGGCGUGCUCCCAGGGGAAUCCGCAUCAGGAUCCAAAUACACUGUCCCCACAAUCCAGCAUGUGCCAACCAACACAUACAUUAUGGACUCACUCCCGAUCGCACAGUUCCUAGAGGCGACCUACCCAAACCCACCUGUCCCACUAACAUCAGAACUCGGUCGCGAGAUCGAUACCAAGGCGCGUAGUGUGCUGGGCAAGGCCAUCUACUCGUCAGUGAUGCCGCGUGAGAUCCGAAUCUUGUCGCCACGCUCGCAGGAGUAUUUCCGGCGCACACGCGAAGCCUCUCUUGGACAUCGUCUUGAGGAUCUGCUUGACGGGGACAAAGAGGAGCAGGUCUGGGACGGUGUUAGCGACGUUCUGGGCGCUGUUGGCGAGCUGAUACGGACGCAUAAGGCGGACGGUCCGUUUGUGCUCGGUGCCCGACCAAGCUACACUGACUUCUUUAUUGCCGGGUCUCUUCAGUCUACUAGAGUGGUUGAUGAGGGCGUGUUUCAGAGGAUGGUUAGGUACCCUGGCUAUGGGGAGGUUUAUGAGGCAUGUCUGCCUUACAUGGCGAAGAAGGAUUGA